AUGGACUCCCUCCAAGUAAUCGUAACCGACACAACACCCGCAAGACUCCAAAAGGCCACCAUUGGCAUCCAAGGCAUGACCUGCGCAUCCUGCGUCAAAGCCAUCGAGGACUCACUCAAACUCCUCCCUUCCGUCCAACCCGGCUCCGUCGCCGUCAACCUCCUCCUUGGCUCUGCUACCCUUAUGGCUUCCCCUGAGCUUUGUCCUGUCGAGCUGUUGACGGAGACUGUUGAUAAUGCUGGCUAUGACGUUACCGCUUGUUCUUAUGUCGAGGAUUUCUCGCAGUUUACCGCAGCCAAGAAGACUGCAGCGGUUGCAGGAACAGGAAAGGCUGCGGGAUCGGUGUUGCAUAAAGUCAGUCUGAAUAUCUCGGGCAUGUUCUGUGGUUCGUGCUCGUCCAAGGUCGAGAAACUUCUCAAGUCCCUUGACGGCGUCAACCCAACCUCUGUCAAUGUCUCCUUCUCUACUGGACACGCCCAAUUCGAAUACUGGAUCCAGCCCUCUUACUCUCCCUCCACAACAAGCACGACUAUGCUGACGCCAGGAACGAUCGCAGACAAGAUCCGUGGACUAGGAUUCGAGGCCGAUCAUAUCAAGACCGAGAAGAUUGUCGACGAUGACCAAAAGACUGCUCUGAGCACUAUGGAGGAACCGGGUUCUGGCGCGGGUGCUCCGGCGUUGACGACGACUCGGUUGGAUAUCUCGGGCAUGACAUGUGCUAGCUGUGUCUCUGCCAUUGAAUCAUCGCUGAUGGGGCUGGACGGAAUCUACCAGGUCCAAGUCAACCUCCUCGCAAAAUCUGGCGUCAUCAUCCACGACCCCACCAUCAUCGGCGUCCGCGACCUCAUGUCCGCCGUCGAGGACACCGGAUUUGACGUCUCCCUCGCCCCCGACGAUGCCCACCUCAACAAGAACGCCCUCCAGGAGAAGAUCAAACGUGAAGAACUUCUCCUCCGCCGUCGGCUCUUGCUUUCGCUUCUCUUUGCGGUGCCCAUGUUCAUCGUCUCGAUGGUCUUUAUGAUGAUGUUGCCAAAGACGAAUUCCAUCCGGGUCGGGUUGAUGAAGGAGGUUGCGCCUGGGUUGAGGAUUCAGGAUGUUGUGCUUUUCGUCUUGGCGACGCCGGUGCAGUUCUGGUUGGCACAGCCGUUUUACAAGAAGGCGUACAAGGCGUUGAGGUAUACCAGGACAGCGAAUAUGGAGACCCUGGUUGCCUUGGGCACGAGUGUCGCAUACUUUGCGAGCUGCGGGAGCAUCAUUGCCAACAUGGUCAGUCAGAAGAAACCCGCCUCUGCGCACGAUGGGAUGACGGGGAUGGGCGGAGAGCAGCAAGAGUCGAUGACGAACGCCGGGAUUGAUUUCUUUGAGACGGCCGUCUUUCUGAUCACGUUCAUUAAUCUGGGCAAGUGGCUCGAGGCCAUGGCGAAGGGCAAGACUGCAGAGACGAUUACCAAGCUGAUGGACCUCCAACCCGAGACGGCUACUCUUGUCAGGGCGGACGAAACUCUGGAAGAGAUCCCGGCUUCGUUGAUCCAGGUCGGAGAUAUCUUGAUGGUCAAUGCUGGGUCCCGGAUUCCUUGUGAUGGGCUUCUUUGGAAGGGAAACACUAUGGUGGAUGAGGCGAUGAUUACUGGCGAGUCCUUGCCUGUUCAAAAGACCGAGCGCAAGUCAAAAGUCAUCUCUGCGUCCAUCAAUCUCUCGGCGGUCAUCCAAGUCAAGGCCACCCGUGUCGGCAAGGAUACUACCCUCUCCAGGAUCAUCCAACUCGUUCAGGAUGCCCAGGCCAGUCCCAAGGCUCCGAUUGAGGCCCUCGGUGACAAGAUCUCUGGUGUCUUUGUCCCGAUUGUCAUUGUUCUGGCCAUCCUCACCUUUGCCGGCUGGGCCAUUGCUGGUCGUGCCGGCGCUAUCCCAGACGGAUGGAUCCCUGAGGGCGAGAGCUACUGGGUCUAUGCUACUCUCUAUGCCGUCGCGGUCUUGGUCAUUGCCUGUCCCUGUGCUCUGGGUCUCGCCUCCCCCGCGGCUGUGAUGGUUGGAACUGGUGUUGCUGCCAAGCACGGUAUCCUGGUCAAGGGUGGUGGAUUUGCGCUCGAGAUGGCCAAGCGGUUGGAUGUGGUUGUGUUUGACAAGACUGGUACCUUGACCACUGGAAAGCCCAAGAUGACGGACUCGUGGACGCUUCAUACGGCCGCAGUGGACGAUACCAAGAUGAUUCUGCAGAUGUUGGGCAAGGUCGAGUCUGGAAGCAACCACCCCGUCGCACUCGCUGUUGCCAAGGGCGCCGCUGACCUACUCUACAAGGCUAACCCUUCCUCCCUCACCUCCAAAGUCGAUCUCCCGGAAGAGGAUGAGGACGAGGAAGAGUCGGAGGCCCGGGUCCUUCAGAAGCAAUUCAACCACGUCAAGAUCGCCCACAUGCGCGAAGUCGCCGGACGCGGACUUUCGGCAACUGUCACCCUCGGUGAUACCCUCCACCUGGACGGAUACGGACAAUUCCGAGCCCUCAACGUUCUUGUCGGAAACGAAAAGUGGAUGGAAGAGAAUGGAGCCUCUUACCCGGACUCUGUGACACGCAAGGACCGCGAGGCUGAGUUGGGUCUUUGGCAAUCUCAGGGUAAAUCUGUCGUCCUCUGCGCGGUCCACCCCGCCGUCAACAACUCCUUCCCCUCUGGCAGUGGCAGCAGCAGCAGUGGUCGUGUCUCGAUCGACGCAGCAUCCAUCGAAAGCGAAAGGACUUGCAAGUGCGAACUCUGCGAGUGCAUUGACUGCAACUGCACAACUCCAAUCCGCCAUGGCAAGACCCUCGCGCCCAUCAUCGUUGCCCAAGUCGCAGUCGCAGAUACCGCCCGCCCCGAGGCUGCAGAGGUGAUUGCUGGUCUUGCGGCACAGGGGAUCGAGACCUGGAUGUUGACGGGAGACCAUCCGAUUACUGCCCAGGCGAUCGCUCAACAGUUGGGCAUCACGCGCGUCAUGGCCGGUGUCUUGCCCGAGGAUAAGGCUAACAAGGUCAAGCAGCUCCAACAAGCCGGUCGACCCUCCUCCUCGUCUGCCUCUGCCCGCUGGCACAAGAUCAUUGGUGGUCGCAAGCAACAACAAUCUACAUCCUCCGUCGAACUCGGUCCCAUCUCCACCUCCACCCUUCAAGACUCCCCCGCCACAUUCCGCGCAAUGCGCCCCGCAAUCGUAGCAAUGGUCGGCGACGGCAUCAACGACUCCCCCGCGCUCGCACAAGCAAACCUCGGCAUCUCUGUCGGAUCAGCUACAGACAUCGCCAUCGAAGCCGCCUCGAUCGUCCUCCUCCGUGACACACUCACCGACCUCCUCGUCAUGCGCGACCUGGCCCGCACAGUCGUCCGCCGAAUCCAAAUCAACUUCCUCUGGGCGUUCAUGUACAACGCUGUUAUGAUCCCUAUCGCGGCUGGUGUCUUGGUCGCUUGGAACCGCUCGGCUGUGAUUGGUCCCAGUUGGGCUGGCUUGGCCAUGGCCGCCUCCAGUGUGAGUGUUGUGUUGUCGAGUUUGAGGUUGAGGAGUUAUCAUUACCGCUCUCCAAAGUCGUCUUCUACUCGCCAGUGA